AUGGUCGAACACGAGCCCGAGCCCAAGCGCUUCUCCCCCAAAAUCCCUGUCCAGCUGGACCCGCCGAAAGACGACCUCAUAUCGCAAGAGGAGCUCGCCAAAUGCGACGGCACGGAUCCGAACCGUCCGACAUACGUCGCUAUCAAGGGGGUUGUCUUUGACGUGAGCCGGAACGCGGCGUAUGGUUCCUCCGGUCAAUAUCGCGUCUUCGCGGGUAAGGACCCCUCGCGCGCGCUGGCGAGCUCGUCGCUCAAACCGGAGGACUGCGUUCCCGAGUGGUAUGAUCUCGACGAUAAGGAGAAGACCGUGCUGGAUGAGUGGUUUACUUUCUUCAGCAAGCGGUAUAACAUCGUUGGCAAGGUGGAGGGCGCGAAGAAUACUUGA